AUGGCCACUUCGGAGCUGAUCCAGGACACGGAUGACGCGCCGAACAACUUGGAGGUCACCCUGAUCACAGUGGACCCCUCACCUCCCCUUCCUAUGACUCACCUGGUCGCCAACGGCAACCUCUCCUCUUCCUCGCCCUCGUCGGGGGUGCCGCGCGGGCCGAGUGGCGCCCGUCGCCCCGGCGACCACAAGUCCGCCAGCCUGGAGGACUCGCGGAGCCGCCUGAUUGGCUGCCUGCACAGCGGCCUGAAGCGUCACCGUGACUACGUGAAGAUCGCGGUGCCCCAGGAGCGCGCCAACCGGCUACCGCGGGAGUGGUGGAAGACGGGCGUGGCCUUCCUCUACGCCCUCUUCAACCUGCUCUUCACCACCGUCAUCAUCACCUUCGUCCACGAGCGGGUGCCCGACAAGUCGGUGAGCCCCCCGCUGCCCGACAAGUUCUUCGACUACAUGGACCGCGUGCCAUGGGCCUUCACGGUGACCGAGGUCAACGGGCUGAUGCUGGUCGGACUGUUCUUCAUACAGUGGCUCUUCCUCAAGCACAAGUCUAUCGUAGCGCGGCGGUGUUUCUUCCUCAUUGGGACUCUGUACAUGUACCGCUGUGUGACCAUGUACAUCACCACCCUGCCCGUCCCGGGCAAGCACAUGGUCUGUGCUCCCAAGCUGUACAACGACUCUACAGGGAAGAUCUGGAGGGUUCUUCAACUGAUCUCUGGUGGAGGUCUGUCUCUGACCGGCUCCGACCUCAUGUGUGGGGACUUCCUGUACAGUGGACACACCGUUAUGCUGACCCUGGCUUACCUCUUCAUCGCUGAGUAUUCCCCUCGGCGGCUGUGGUGGUACCGCUGGCUGUGCUGGUUGCUAAGCGCCUCGGGGGUGGUCUGCAUCCUGGUGGGCCACGAGCACUACAGCGUCGACGUAGUGGUGGGGUACUUCGUCACCACCCGGGUCUUCUGGACCUACCACACCAUGGCUAACACACACGCACUGCGGCGGGCGCCCAACAACCUGCUGGCCAGGACCUGGUGGAACCCCGUGUUCAACUUCCUGGAGCGCAACGUCCUGGAACCGGUGCCGGUGGUGUUCUCCUGGCCCAUCACCCUGCCCUCCUCCUGCACACAGCGCUACCGCAGCGUGGACACCUCCGCACGGGACGAGUGACGAGGGAGAGGGAGAGGGAGAGGGAGGGAGGGAAAGAGAGAGAGAGAGAGGGCUGGGUUGGAGCUCGUCUCGCAGGGCGCGCUCUGGCUGAAGUCGUGUUCUGCACAAUGAACGGCAUACAGUCCAUGCCCUUUGUCCCCGAGUCUGGUUCAGAUAGGAGUAAUCUUUCUCUAAAAGACCAGGAUCACGUCGACCUGGUCCGUGUAAGAACACGUUGCUCUGUGUCUGUCUCUCUGAAGCCUGACAAAAGCCUGUCAAAUAUGGCGUCGUUUGGAAAGUAAAUAUAUUUCCCAAAUUCUGAGAAAUACUUUUUGAAGAGCAGCUUAAUCCUGCAGCCGACCAAUAGGACACUGCCUUCUUCCCACCAAUAGCAGACCAAUGGCCAGUUGCCUCCUCCUCUACACUGGAACCAGUUGGAUCGCGGAAUUACCGACGAGCUAGCCAUGUACCCCUGCUGCCAUGGAGACGGGGAUUCGUGCCAACCAAAAUACUUUCUUGUGCCCUUUCUUUACCUCUCGUGCCAACCAGCCGAGAGAUUCCUCGGCUCACUCGGCUGACCAACUAUAAGGACUCUCAACCACGGCUCCUGUCUUAACCUGAGUGGGUACAGAAGACCUGACUGAGAAACCCCUGCCUUUGGAUCACAACUUUUUAGAAACCCGGUAACCAUUAUCUUCACACUCAGUCCACGCUGAGUGUGGACUGAAAACCUGAAGCGUCCUGGUGACCAUAAUUUCCUUCUCCAGCCGUGUGUGUGUGUGUGUGUGUGUGUGUGUGACCUCACAAUGACCUUCAUAAAUGCCUUAAAGCAAUGCAAAGUAUUAAGGAACAGUUGGUUCCUUCGUUUAGUAGUGCAUCAGUGUUUCUAUUUAAGAGUAAAACUGUUAUUGUUGUAAUAUAUAUGAUGAUGCUUCAUUGUGUGACACUGUUACCACCUUGUGUUGUUGAAAACGUAAAAUGUUGAGCUACCCCUGUCACUGUAACAUGAUUGCAGAAUAAUAUGUUGGACCUUUGGUUGUUUGUUUUAAAUCGUUACUGAUUUCCUAUAGUAUACCCAAGAUGUCUGCCAACUCUGUCCCUGUCAAUUCCAAUAGUACACCCAAAAUGUCUGCCCCCUCUAGCCCUGUUAAUUCCAAUAGCACACCCAAGAUGUCUGCACCGCUGUCCUUGUCAUUUCCAAUGGUACACCCAAGAUGUCUGCCAUUUUGUACUAUCUCGUGGUACGUGCUAGGAUGCUGAUGCGUUGCCACGGAGAGGGAACCUCUAUAAACGUGCAGUGUUUUCAACUGGAUGUACAACUGGAAGCUGCAGGGUCCAAAUUCUGUCUGCGUUGCGUUCACAGUAUUCUAAGCUCCAGACUACUAUGUUUAACACACUGUUUACACCAAUGACACAGCAGCACAAUUCUAAUGUUAAUGCUUGCAUUCUGUACUUGGGAUGCGUGUAUGCCGACAGAGCUGAUGAUUCACUAAUAAACUUGUGAACACAUUUUAUUAUGAAA